UCCCCCUUCUCCCGCCCUCCGCGGGGCUCCUCUGUUCCGGCGGCGUGUGAGGCGUCGCUUGCGGCCUGCUACUGAAGAGUAAGCCUCAUUGAACACAUUGGAACUUCAACACUAGAGUAACGAAUCAUCAGAUCAGGUCAGCAGCACAAUCAUAUGCCUGGUUACUCGGAAGUCAGCCUCACUGUUUCCGAUGGAGUUGCCUCCCACACUGAAGCAAAAUGAAUGAGCAUCCUAAGAAGAGGAAAAGGAAGACUCUACACCCCUCACGCUACUCAGAUUCUACAGGUGUCCCGAAAUACAUAGAGAAUAGUGGCAUAUUUUCUGACCAUUGUUACAGUGUGUGUUCUAUGAAACAGCUAGACUUGAAAGUUUCCGAUAAUCGAGGUAGAUUUCAUAAUGCAGUAUACAGCACAGAUACUGAUGAGGAUGGCAGCCCAGUAUAUGCUGGGACAUCUCAAUGGAGUGGGACCCAGUCUAAUGUCAUGGGGCCACACUUCAUGGACCCUAAAAAGAAAGAUAAACCUGGCAAUAAUGGGAUUUUUAAAGAUACAUGUGAGUCACCUAUCUUUAGUGACAGCUUAACUGAAGAGGAGAAACCUCUGGACAUUCAAACGGUAGAAAUUUCCACUACUGAAAUCCAAGCUGUGGAAGUUCAUGACAUAGAAACUCAGACUAUUUCCCCAGAGAAGCUUGAAGCAGAGGAUGCAGAGGAAAUCCCAGUUGAAAGUUGCAAGGUGCUGGAGAAAAACCCUCCUUUGAAUGUCACCAUUCAGCCGAAAUGGCCCCUGCUGCGGGCCAACAGCAGCGGUUUGUACAAAUGUGAACGGUGUACAUUUAAUAGCAAGUACUUCUCGGAUUUAAAGCAGCACAUUGUUCUGAAACAUAAGACGUGUCCUGAGGGCAACAUCUGCCGAGUGUGCAAGGAAAACUUCUCCUCCAAAAAGGUGCUGAUUGAACACCUAAAAAUCCACGAGGAAGAUCCCUACAUCUGCAAAUACUGUGACUACAAAACCGUGAUGUUUGAGAACCUGAGCCAGCACAUAGCAGACACACACUUCAGCGACCACCUUUACUGGUGCGAGCAAUGCGACGUUCAGUUCUCCUCCAGCAGUGAGCUGUACCUCCACUUCCAGGAACACAGCUGUGACGAGCAGUACCUGUGCCAGUUUUGUGAGCAUGAAACCAGUGACCCGGAGGAUUUACACAGCCACGUGGUGAACGAGCAUGCCGGCCGGCUGAUAGAGCUGAGCGACAGCCACAACAACAGGCAGCAACAAGGCCAGUACAGCCUGGUUAACAAAAUCAGCUUUGACAAGUGCAAGAACUUCUUUGUGUGCCAAGUGUGUGGCUUCCGCAGCAGGCUUCACACCAAUGUCAAUCGGCACGUGGCAAUCGAGCACACCAAAAUAUUCCCCCACGUUUGUGACGACUGCGGGAAGGGCUUUUCAGGCAUGCUGGAAUACUGUAAACAUUUAAACACUCACAUGUCUGAAGGGAUUUAUUUGUGUCAAUAUUGUGAAUAUUCGACAGGGCAGAUUGGAGACCUCAAAAUUCACUUGGACUUCAGACAUUCGGCUGAGUUGCCUCACAAGUGUACUGAUUGCUUGAUGAGGUUUGGCAAUGAAAAAGACCUUUUAAGUCAUCUUCAGAUGCACGAAACUGCUUGAUCGUUGUUGUUGUGUGUGUGUGUGUGUGUUUUCCAUCUAGCCCAGAAUAUUAGAAUUUAAGACAUAAUUCCCACAUAUGCUAUCCUAAGGUCAAACUACAAAUGAAUCUUUCCUUAUAUUGCUGGCCACAGCCACACUCCUAAUGUAGCCUUUCCUAGGUCCAGUAAUGAACUCUGGCACCAAAGCACUGAUGGUGUGCUAGUAUCAUGGGGUAGUGUGAGCUGGCUACAGACCUGAAAGCCAUCAGCUUUUUUCUUAUUGCACAGAUUGUUCAAAGAAUGUUAGUGCAUUCAUAAGAACUUAAGUACAAUAGAUGGUUUCAUCUCUGCAUUUUUAGAUUUGCUGACUUCAGGGCCUGUGCAGGUAAGGAGAUAAGCACAUCAACAUAGCAUGUACAAUUGAUGUCUGAAAAUGGUGUAGCGUAAAGUCGUUUUGUACCUAAGGAUUGAAAUAAACUUAAAU